UUGGUUUGUAAAGCGUAUUCAACAAUACAGACACUAUAUAGUUCUUUUUUCUUUCAAAAUUGUUUGUAUCCUUGAACUAAUUUUUGAUUUAAAAAACGCAAUGUGACUAGUUUUAUGCUUAACAAAUGGUUAUGAUAAUUUUAAGAUGUAACAAAACAAAAAUCCUUUGUAUAAAUCUACGAAGUCAUUUCUUAUGAAAGAUUUUUUUACGUUUCUGGGCCAAAGUCAAGAAUGUGUAGACAUUAAGUAUCAUCUAUCAAUUAAUAAGACGUAGAAACAGCGUUUAGUUAUAAAAAUAUCUUUUGAAAAUGGCACACUUUAGACGUGAUAUUACGUAUAGCGCUUUGGACAACGAAUUAACUCCGCCACUAGGAAUAUCUGCAGAAGUUACUCCAACAAUGAUUACACUGGAUCAGGAACAUGAUGAUGCUACAAAUGUUAUCAUUCACAAAGUACCUCAAACUAAAGGGGGAUGGACUCAUAUAGAAGAUCUUGAUUCAUUUUUUACAAGGAUGUAUAGAUUUUAUGUCAGAGGUGGCUUUUAUCCAAUGAUGAUAUCAGAUUUAUUUUACCUAUUACAGUUUAUAUUUAUUGUUUGGUUCUCUACAUUUUUGGUGCAUUGUAUAGACUAUCCAAGAUUAUUUAGAAAUGAUCCCAGUGCAAACAGAAGUGAGAAACUUAGCUUAAAUGAUGUGAUUUACUCUUCUUCAGUAUGUGUUAGUAACAUAUCUUGGACAUGGUGGUGUCUCAUUGUGUUGUGUUCAUUUAUUUGGUUAAUGAGAUUAGUUAUAUCCAUUUAUCAUUUGUAUUAUGCCUAUGACACAAAAUUAUUUUAUAACAACGCAUUAAAGAUUAAAGAGAGUGAAUUAGCAUGGGUGAACUGGUCCACUGUACAGGAGAGAGUAAGAGAAGCACAACCGGAACAUCAUAUGUGUGUCCACAAACAAGAGAUAAAUGAACUAGAUAUUUACCAUAGAAUACUCAGGUUCAACAAUUACAUGGUGGCGAUGGUUAAUAAGAAUUUACUACCCCUGCAAAUACGUGUCCCUUGCGUUGGAGAUUUUCAUUACUUAAGCAGAGGCUUGAAAUGGAAUUUGGAGUUUCUUUUAUUUUAUAGUCCUUGGAGUCCAUGGGAGAACUGUUGGCAGCUACGUUCAGCCUAUAAGGAUAAUUCGAAGCGAAUGAUGCUAGCAAGACAGCUACAAAGGCAGAUAUUGUUUCUCGCACUAUUAAAUCUUAUACUGUCACCAUUAAUACAAGCUUGGCAGAUUCUGUACUUCUUUUUUAAUUAUGCGGAGCUAAUAAAAAGGUCACCGGGAUCUCUCGGCUUGCGCACGUGGUCAUUAUACGCGAAAGUCACACUUCGACAUUUCAAUGAACUCGAACACGAAUUACGGGACAGACUCAACCGUGCCCAUAAGCCCGCCACUAAGUACCUCGCCAGCUUCCACUCGCCAAUCACAACGGUCCUAGCUAAGAAUGUAGUGUUCUUAUCAGCGAGUGUGCUGGGCGUGCUCGUAAUGCUGUCAGUGUACGACGAGGAUGUGCUCACCGUGGAACACGUGCUGACUAUAAUCACCAUACUCGGCUGUAUUCUCGCUGGAGCCAGGGCCCUAAUUGGCGAAGAGGAACGGCUCGGUGGAGCAUGCACGGGCCCUGCGCGUGGAGAGGAGCUGCUGGUGCAAGUGCUAGGACACGUGCAUUACUUGCCCACCGCCUGGAGGGGUCGCGCGCACACCAAGGACGUGGCAGCACAUUUCCAACACCUAUUUCAGUUCAGAGCGGUAUACAUAGUGUUCGAAUUGCUUAGUCCACUGCUCUGCCCGCUGGUGCUUCUAUCACUGCGAUCGCGCGCGUUAGAUAUCGUCGACUUCUAUAGAAAUUUCACUGUGAGCGUUCUCGGCAUAGGUGACGUCUGUUCCUUUGCGCAGUUGGAUAUACGACGUCACGGUCACCCCGAUUGGCAGGUGCACGGCAAAAAUGGAAACAGAGCAUGUAACACUCAAUACAACCAAGGGGAAGUUGGCAAGACCGAACUCUCCCUGAUCGCGUUUUCGUGUCGCCACCCCGGCUGGCAGCCUACCGAGCUGGCUCAGAGGCAGUUCCUACGCUCCCUGAGGCAGAGCAUAUACCAGGCUAAACCCAGUCUGAACGGACUUAACAAAACAAUGUUGGGUUCCUUUAUACAGCAGAGCGUAUUCGGUACCAACACACCUCUCCCUGCGUUGCUUUCAUAUCAACCAAAGCAAAACUAUAGACUACCGGAUAUGGACGAGACUAGUGACGAGGAAGAGGGUGGGGUAUCACGAGGUAUGGUGGGACUAGCGGGGGCGAGCAGCGUUCUGGGUGCCAGCGCGUUCGAACUCGGUGCAGCACCAGAGCUACCGGACGAAGUUCGAGACAUGUCAGUUAGCACCCUCCAUCUCUACGACCUGCAACAUGCUCAGGCCCGCCCGAACGUGUCAGCGUGCUGCACGAACAACUGCAGCGAGAGACCGCGUGCCAGUCGAUGGGAGUCCAGCGAGGACACGCCUUUACUUCACCGACCAUAACGGUGGCAAUACACGACCCGCGUCGACCCUAUCUGGCUGUAGAGCGGGUAUUUGUAUGUGAUCCUACUUCCAGCUGCGAAGCGAGAGUUAUAUACAAAUUUCAAGUAAUUCGUUAAAAAUAUAUUUCUCCCAUUAUAAACAAGAACACAUUCAAGCUCCAAGCAAACUCUUAAGUUAUCGGUUUUCUAAAUAUUCUCUUUUUUCACUCGGAACUUUAUACAUACUUAAUAAGUUACGAUAAUUUGCUGUUAGCGAUAAACGAACAUAGGACCUUUGGUAUGGAAUUUAAUGAUAAUGACUUCUGUGCCAAAACGCCGUUCGCUUAAAUAAUAUUCAUCAAAUAUUUAAUUUAGUGGAUGUCACAUUUUUUACAUUUACAUAUAUUUUAUAGUUAAUUAGGAUAUAUCGCUUCAUCCUCGCUAAAUGCAAUGUUUGGGUUGUGAAAUGUUUAUUAUUCAUAAUAAUUCCAGGCUAAUUGGUUAUAAACUUUUUUAAAUAUAUAUAAUAUGCGUGCGGCAUGUGUUAGAUCGCAUGCUGUCGUUUGCGUGCUAAAUGUGACAUCACAGUGAAAUAGCAAAAAGACUAAAGUUUGUGUUACCCAAAAUUAUUAUUUGUAAUUCUAGCAUUUCUAACAUUUCUUUUUAUUCUACAGCUAUUGGUGCGCUUUUUCUCGUAUUAUCGAAAUAAUAUUCUAGAUAUCACAGAAAUGCUGGUGACGUUCAGAGUAAAAUCGAUCAGUUAAAUCAAAUUAUAGUUCAUUAAAGUAAUCACCGAAAAGCUCAUGAAUGUUAUUAAUGAUAUUUUACACGUACAUAUAUGUUUGCUGUGGAUCGUGAUUGCUUACGAUGGGGGUAAAUUGUAUCAAAAAAAUAAAAUUAAAAAAAUUACGACUCUGAUAUUAUCAAUUUUGUGUGUUAAAUAACGAACUUCAAUGUUUUUUUUUUUAGAUUAUAAUGAAAUGUGCGCUUUUGCUUUAAAAUAUUGACGUAGUUUAUUACUUUAAAUUAUGUGAGGAAUAUGUUACUGAUAUUGGUUGUUUAUCAAAACUAAUAUCACGUCUAGAGACCCAAAAAUAAUUAAAACUCGCACAAAGAAAAAAUAAUAAUUUAUGAUUCUAGUUGUUAUUUUUUAUUUUAAUUAUUAAAAUAAAAUUGGCUUUAUCGCAGAAAUCGAUUCGUAUAGUGUUAAUAAUAACACCUUGCUUGCAUUAAUAUUGUAUUUAGUAUCUGUGAUGAAGCCAUCGCGUUUUCCAUUGUAUAUGGUAUUGUACCUGGCGAUAAAUAUUGCACAUCGACCUUUGGAAAGAGAGAAUCGGCUAAUUUUAACUUCGUAGAGCGGUCUCUCUGUCGCACGAAACACUAACAGUCCGGUAUCUAUUAGGAGCUGUUAAAACAAUUAUGAGUUUCUAUGUAAAUGAAUGAAUUCCAUAAAUACUGUCUUUAGAUUGUGGAAAAAUAAAAUAAAAAGAUCAUUUUUGUAUCACGUUGAUGUAUGUAUGUUCCUUCCAUUUCUAUAAUAUAAUAUGACUGAUAUUAGUCUAUCAGUGUUAUUGUCUAAAUCGUGUUGAACACUUCGAUAUUCAUUCUCACAUUCGAUUGCGUGACCGAAAAACUUUUUCCAUUCUUCGGCACCAAUCAUGUUUACUUCACUCAUUCAUCUUUACUACACUUUAUAGGUCAAUAAUUUUUACUGAAGUUAAUUUCAUAUCCACGUUUCCAGAUGGUGCAUAGCCUUUUAGUUGAGACGAUAUAUUUUCAAAUCCAAAAAUAUAUAUAUAGAUAACGCUCUACGAAUCCGAAAUUAGACGAUUGUCUCUUUUUAAAGAUCGAUGUGCAAUAUUUAUCGCCGUACUGUAAGUAGUAUGUAACUUUCUAUCAUACUCGUUCUUUUCUACAGGAGAAUAUCCUUUCAAUUCGUCAUAAUAAAGAUUAAAAACCGUUUCUUAUGCGAUACACGAUAAUUUAUUAAUAUAUAUAUAUAUUAUCGCAUACAUAAUUAUCAUCGACAAUAGAUUUCACAGUUCUUAAAUAGAUUAGUCUGUGAUAGAAAUAUAAUUAGAAAAUGAUAGUCGCACAUCUCGUUCCGAUUCGACAACGUUUUUUCAAUGUCGUUCCAUUUAUAAUAUAAAACGCUAGCGAUCCGACAAAUUUAAAUAGUACAAAAAUACGUAGAAAAGCCUUUUUAAGUACGAAAUAUCAAAUACGAAAAUAGUAAGAAUUUCUUUUUCGGUUUUAAAAAUUUUUUUACGCUACGUAACAAGCAAUAAAAUAGGAGAUACAUUUGUUAAAGUAAUUUUUUUUAAAAAAAAUCUUCGAAUUAUUUUUAUAAUAUACAUUAUCAUAUAGUAAUACACACGCACCUUAACUAAUUCAUAGGAGUUACCCCUUUAUCUUACUGCCUUAACUUAUGCAUCGUAUAAAAUUUUUAUAGACAUUAGGCUUCGUAAAUUGUAGAUAUGCCAUGUAUUUUUUAACAUGCAGGUUUUAUUCGAUGAUAAUAAGAUACCAGAUUAGUAAUUUUAUAGAAACGAAACGUGCCUGAAAAACAGCCUUUUAAAAUUGAAAAUAAUGUAAAUCUAGCUUAUCAUAUCUAUUGAUAUUAGAUGUAAUUAACGGAACAAUAAAGAAACUAAUAAAUAUAACUAUUCCACUAAUUUUUUAAUGCGAUGCACAUUUUUAUAAAAGUGCUAAAUAUUAUUAUUAACUGUUACGAUUUCUGAUUUGUAAGGCUAACAAGUUAAGGAGCGACCUUCGCCCGUGACCGCCGCGGUUGCGGGUCCGCGGCGUCUGUAAAAUGAUAUGUAUGUAAAAAAUCGUAUACAUUUCACGAGGCAUUUUACGCCUGCAACGUGCGCGACUGUUUGCAGGUCCCGCUGUACCGGCGGGCAACUAGUAUAAACACGCAACUGCGAUUUGCGAUUGGCGGGCGGGCGGCGCGCGUACAGAAAUCAAACGCCAUUUUGUAUGUAUAACCGCUCGUCUUGCGAUAAACGAAUAGAACUGCGGCCUCGUGAGUUUCGAAAUAAAACAUCUGUUCCGCCACCGCGGUGGGCGCGGGUGAAAACCGCUCCGUGAGUUUUAAGCGUAACGCAAACAUAAGGCGCCGUGGACCUAAAAUACCUGUAUAAAUAUCGUAUGAUCCUGGAGGCUAGACAAAAAAAAAUCCACAAUUUUCGAAGCGACUUCGAGAACAAAUUUCAUCUAAACUAUUAAAUACAACAUGUCAAUAGCGAACGCAUACAAAACAUUUUGACAUUUUCUACAAACUAAAUCGACAAUAGCUAUGUGAUAUUAUCGUCAUCCGCAGUCCUAUCCAUAUUAAUAUGUAAGCAAAUACUAAUAUAUCGAAAUGCUUGUUUGAUCCUAAUCGUAAUACGCACGAAAUACUUCCUGACCGUCAAUGACGUCAGCGACAUCGCCAUAUUUAUGAUUCACUUUCUUGUUCACAUUCUAAAACUUUGCUAUUCGGUAUUUUUAUAGAGUCAUAAUUAUACAUCGUAAUUAAUAAAAAAUAUUUUCAAAACUUUAAUUGUUGUGAAAAUCUAUGAAUGUAUCUUAAAUAUUUAACGUAUAAAGCAAUAUCAUUUUAAAUUUGUGGUUCCUAAAGAUUUUUUUUUAAUUGUAAGUCGAUUGUAAUUAGAUUUUUUAAAUUAUUAUAGGUUUUAACUACUGACGUCGGAUUAAAUAAAUAUAUAAGUCUUAUAACUUAUCCGAUUGAUAUUACUUUAGUACAUAUUGUUAACGAAUAAUAAUUAUUAUUUUUGUUUGUCGGGAAUCUAUUUUUGAAAGUUAUUGGAUCAGACUACGUUACUUUUCUAAUGAUAUUAAUGUCAUCGUUUGUAAUAAAGCUAGUUUAUUUCCGCUCCUCGCUGUUUCACCCCUUUUAAACGCUAUGACCUACUAGGUUUUUUAUAUUUCAAAUCGGACAGGUAAAUAUUAGAGCGUUGGAACAUACAACUCUUUACACUUUAUAUAUUUAUUUAUUUAUUCUUUAUUGCACACAAUUUUACAAUCAUACAUUUAUAUAGAUAUACAGAAAAUUACAUAUUUCGAUGUUCCCGUUUUAGGUUCACGUUUGUAUAUUUUGUUUUUGAUGUACAAUUACGUCGUUUCGGCUUCAAGGAGCGAAAUAAGCGAUGUGGCCUCCUUGUGGUUAAUAAUUUUCAGUUAUAUCUUGAAGCCUCAUCGGGAUGCUCGUAAUGUUUUUAAAACAGUUUUCGCGUGAACGCGUGAACAUAUUAUACGAUAUCUUAUUUACUUAGACGCUAUAAACCAUUGUAUUGACUACGUAUCGUGCCUAACGCGCGUUAUUAGGAGCUUUAUGCUUUGUGCACAUUAUAACCUCGUGGUAAUAAUGUGCAGCAGUUUCUAUGUAGCUCUGUCUUUGACUUUGACUCCCAGUCUCAGCGUUUCAAGGUCUGCCUCGAUACAUCUACUCAUUGGUCUGUGUUGAUUGGUUUAAAAAGAGACCUUAGAGAGUCUUAGAAGACACGUUUCCUUCAACCAACAGGAGCAAGCCUAUGGAUCGUCGUGCUCUUCGUAAACUAUGCCCGACCCAGUGCAAACGCCUUAGAGACACUCCUUGCUACGCUGGCAGUUGAUGAUUCCUACAAGUCUUCAAAUUAUAUUGUGUUAGACUAAAAAUUAAGCCUGAGACGCUUGUUGAAUAAAACCUUCGUGUAAAGCUAUAGAGCAGAAACAGGAACACCCGCGAAUAACCAAAUCAAAUCAAAUAAAUAUAUACUUUAUUCAAGUCAGUUUGUAAGCACUUUCGAAUCGUCAUUUUAUACUCAUUAAACGCAGUAUUUAUUAUUUUCCAACAUUUCUAAUACAAACUUAUGUCAAAUGUAAAUGUAUAAUUAAAUUUAUAUACUGCCUUUGCCUGAGAGUCAAAAAGUACGUAAAGUCCACGCAAGUAACGAACUUGAUCGAAAAUUAAUUUGUAAAUCAAUAUCAUAAAGGAGUAUAUUUAGAAUAGCUGCUCACAAUCGGCACAACGGACUAUGAGCGCUAUUCGCGUUCUAACUCAUGUACUAAUGUAAUGAUCAUUGCCUGUUUAUCUUUAAAAAUAAUAAAAUAAACACAAAUAGCACCGCACUUAGGCAGACCAAGACUUAAUAUCAAAUAAAACUAUCGUUAUCAAAUUAAUGUUUUCAAGACCAGUUAUACUUCAAGGUACUUCAAUUGAUGAUAAUAAUAACAUGACAUUUUAAUGAUAUUGUAUUUUACAAAUAUAUAAUUAUUUUUUAGACGAUAUAUACAUACAUUUUCUUACAAAUUUUGUCAUUAUAUGCAAUAGAUAUUAAUAUAGCGUGUAGGAGACGGUCUCAUCGAAUAAAACCUGUCAAAAGUUAUCAUUUUCAAAAUAUUGAAUUUAUAUCGUACACACACCAUGCUCGUAUUAUAGAGGAAAUAGAAGGCAAACCUUGUAUUUUAAUAUAUUAUACAAAAUAUAAAUCAUUAUGAAAUGCUAUAAUGUGACAACAAAUAUGAUAUAUAAAUGAUCCGUAAGUAACUAAUAUUUUCAAUAUUUUGAAUAAAAAAUCUCUUAAAAUAUAAUAAAUAAUUUAAAAAAAAAAUAGAUUUUCACGAUAAGAUAAAUCGUUCGACUCUUUAUGGUCGGUUUUUGAAAUAAUUCCAUCACUAUAUGUUUAUUUAUGAUUAUUCUUUUUAUUAUUUUUCCUUUUAAGCCAAAUUUAAAAACGAAAAAUAUUUGAUUAUAUAUUAAAAUAAUAGAAGAAUCGUUUCACGUCACAUAUCUUUCAACUAAAAGGAAUUAUAUUUGCAUAUCUGUCGACAUUUACAACAUGGAUAACAUGUAUAGUAAUAAUACUAUCCGGUAGAUGGCGUCUGAGCUUUUGACAUUUUUAAUAUUAUCAAUUCAUACAAUUAGUUUAAGGUGUCUUACUAACUGGUUUAGUUGAGUCGGAAGCUUGAUAUACUUACUAAACCCAAUUAAAUAGAAUACACACAGAACAAUACUAGCUGAAUAUAAAUUAGAUAUUUCAAAAAUAUUUUAAUGUUUACCGUUAUAUGAACCAUAUAGAAAUAAUUAAAUUGAAAAAAAAAUAGCUUGUUUUAGCAAUAUCAUGCUUUACACAAUUCAAUUAAUUAAUUAAUUAAUAUUGUUAAAUUUUAUUACAAUAUUAGAUUUAAAUAAUGCAAUAAUUUUUAAUUAUAUAUCU